AUGGAACUUCCCCCGCGCGAGGACCAGGAGGGCAACAGUGACCAGAAUGCCUCCGACGUGAAUAGUGAGUCGCCCAGCGUCAUUGACGAUGAGGAACUUCUUGCGCGUGAGAAAACUGAGGCGCUUCGGGCGCUGCAUGACGCCGUCUGGACGGUCAGCUCUGCCAAACACGGCAAUGGGGUGAUGUGCUUGCUGGACGGCUCCCACAAUACUUUUUGGCAGUCGGAUGGGGUUCUACCCCACACGGUCUCCGUAGAUUACGCACGGCUGACGCCGGUGGCCGCCGUCGCCCUUUACCUUGACUAUGUGCAGGACGAAAGCUACACCCCGCGACGGAUACGCGUGCAGGCAGGCACGCACGCCGGUGACAUGGCGGAUGUUGUCUCUGCCACCGCCGAUGACCCGCAGGGCUGGGUUUUCCUGCGCAUGGGCGUGGAGGUUGAACUACCGCCGCCAUGGGAAAUGGACAUGGUGCUGGGUGCAGAUGAAACGGGAGAAGCAACGGAGGGAACACCUUCAUCGGCACCACUUGACUCGCAAAUUGGUUUUGUAGAGAAUGACGACUUCUCCGAAUUUAUGGGAGAGGGUGUGUGGUGCACGCACCUUCGCAUCAUCCUCGAGGAAAACCGUCAAAACGGUCGUGAUUGCCAUGUGCGUGGGGUGCGAAUCCUUGGCCCGAUGCGCCAAAGUGCGUUCACCACAGCAUCUUUUUCGCAAUACCUACUGCUACGCUGA